GAAACUAUCGAUAGCCGUCACUCGAACGAUAGACCGAGCAGAAGCAUCCCUGCAUAUUGAUGGCGGAUUGACGCUCUUUCGCCUAGCAAAAUUAUUUUUCUUAUCAAGAAAAGAUCUUUCCAGUGUCGCAGGUCGUUUCCAGCGUUUUUCGGCCAGCCAUGAGACGUCGCAGCGAGCGAAAAAAGUCGUCGUCGCCCGCUCCGGUGCCGGUGGCCGUUGCACGGCGAAGCCGCCGCUCCCGCAAGGUGUCAGAGACCGAGAAGACUGAGGUCGAAACUCCGGUCGUGGCCCAAAAGGAUAAGGAGCCCGAUUGCCCCGAAGUGCCGCAAGCCUCUCAAGAAGUCAAUGAGGUGCGUGCCUCCAGUGAAGAACGUGCCGGAUCUGGACCAUCGCCAGUGCGCAGGAGUCGCGGCAGCCGGACGACGCCCAAAAAGCGCACGGAGUCCAAGGGUGGCGACAAGAAGGUGGACACCAUACCAGAGGAGGAGACGGAGAACGGAAAGGAGGGAAAGGACGCUGUCGAGGAGGAAAAGUCUGUAGCGCCGCCGGCUAAUCAGAGCGAGUCCGAAGACCUUGUCAAGAAGGAGGAUCAGCAGGCUCAAGACAAUGGAUCCGAUCCAGAACCCGCUGUAGUCAAGGAUGAUAAGGAUGAGAACGAGGACCUAAAACCGCAGCAGGACGUUCCACCUUGCACUGAUGACGACACCAAGCAGAGCGAGCCAGAACAAGAGGUAAAGGUUCCUUCUCCUUCCAGCAAGGGUGAGGAACAUCUAAAAACGUCUAGCGAUGUAUUAGACAUUCAGACAGAAGAGGUCGAUGAAAGGGACGAAGAAGCCUCCGCUCCUGCGGAUCGCAGAGAAACCAAGAAAAGGCACAAGGAGCAGAUACAGGAACAGCAGCCCGUUGAGGAGGAGGAGCAGAAGGAAAACCGCAAGCAGCUAGAGGAAAAACCAGAACAAACUCAGGAUGAACCAGCAGAUCUCUCCAACGACAAGCACGAGCCAUGUCUAAAUAGCACCGCAACCAACACAACCGGCGCUCCAGUGCUGCAACGGUCGGUGCGGAAGCGAAAGUGGCUGACAAAUAAAAAAUCUUCGGAUCGGACCCCACCCGUGCUUGCCAUUUCGACGGAUUCCCUGAAGAACAUAAUAGCCGAUGUGGUGCAGCCAGUGCCUCUAAGCGAUGUGCAGCUGGAAUCCUCUUCAGAGGAGGAAGGCCUGGUCACCAGCGAUCGAGAUUCAGAGCGAUCUGCUUCGCCGGCACCCGCAUCUGAAGCUAGCAAAGAUCGCGAGAACAAGGCAAAUACCGCCACCACCUGCGAGACCGGCGCAGAGGGGUCGGUAGAUAAUGAAGAAGCAGGAGCCGUUCCUCCAGCAGCAACAGACGCGGUGCCGGCUCAGGUCGGCCUGACCAAAGCCACAGUUUCCACGGCAGCACCACACAUAGUCGGUGACCCUAGUCCUGCGCGAAACCGAACCAGCCACGUGCUCUAUAUCACCAAUUUGGUACGCCCCUUCACAGUGCUGCAACUGAAAGGCCUGCUGGCGCGGACGGGAAAGAUCGUCGAGGAAGAUGGUUUCUGGAUAGAUCGCAUCAAGUCUAAGUGCUAUGUUGCAUACUCCACUGAAGACGAGGCUAUCGAAACCCGACAUGCCCUGCACGGAGUUCGCUGGCCAGUCUCAAAUCCCAAAUGUUUGAAUGUAGAUUUUGGCAGUCGCACUGACAUGGAUCGUGCAAUACUUUCAACGAAAGACGAGGCUCCGAAGUACGGCCAGGAAAACACCAGAGAUAACCAGCAGUCGGGCAACGCUUGGUCUCGGUUGGAACCGUCUGACAAAAAACCAGCGCGCCCCGUACGCGAAUGGGAUGUGGGCAAAAAGGAGCCAAGCGACCACGACAAACACAGCAACGACAGGCGUCGGGAGAGCAAGGAUCGACUGGACUCGAGGUCUCGGGAUGCGGAACGUGCCGGACAGGAACGAAAGCGUUCGAGGGACAGAGAGGGACGGGGACGCGAACGGGAGCGAGAGCGAAUUGAUCGCAAUGCACACGCCAGAAGCCGCAGUGGAUCACCAGCUUCCAAAUCUAAGAAGAAGGAGAAUGAACCGCCUAUCAGACUACUAGAUGAUCUAUUUCGAAAGACUAAGGGAACACCUUGCAUAUACUGGCUGCCACUGACGCCGGAAGCGAUCGCUGAAAAGGAGGCAUUCCGCCAGAAACGCAUCGAGGAGCACAAGCUGCGUAUAAAGGAGCGAGAGGAGCGCCAGAAAGAGCGUGAGAAGGAUCGUGACCGCCAGCGCGACACUCGUCGGAAUCGUUCUAAUGAACGGCGACGAUCUCGCAGUCGCGAGCGGGAGCGAAGACGUUACUAGGCGGAGGCUUGAGAUUGAGCAAAUAAAUGUUGAUAAUAUCUCAAAAACUAACAUCAACAUAUAAAAAAAAAACUUCAAAAAACAGCAACUAAAACUUCAGCAGGGUCUCAUCACCACCCGAACAUUUUCUAUCCUUUCGAGCGUUUUGCGUUCC